AAAUAAAGUUUAUUUUCUCUGGCAGUCCAGUCUCACACUCUGCUCUGAUUCGCUCUCAGGGUUCGAAGAAGAAGAAUCUUUGGAAAAUGGAGGAAGAAACCCUAAUACCACCAGAAUCUCAGCCACCAAUCUCUGAAGAACUUGACUCCGACGACGAUGCUGACCAUCCCAUGCCGGACAUGCCUCACCAAAACCCUAGCUCACCACCUUCUCACUCCGAUUCCGAUUCUGGCUCCGACGACGACGACAACGAUAACGCGCAGGACAAACUUCAACUCCAAAACCUUGAGGCUGAACUCUCGACUAAUCCUUCCAAUUACGAUUCUCAUGUCCAGAGAAUAAAGCUUCUGAGGAAAAUGGGUGAGAUUGAGAAGCUCAGACAAGCAAGGGAAGCUAUGAGUGAGCUGUUUCCGUUGACCCCUGCUAUGUGGCAGGAAUGGGCUAGGGACGAAUCUUCUCUUACCUCCGGAGACGAGGCCGUUCAUACAAUUGAGAAGCUCUAUGAGCGUGGACUAUUUGAUUAUCUUUCUGCUUCUCUUUGGUGUGACUACUUAUCUUUUGUCCUACAACACGAAUCAUCAGUACGAGAGUAUUCACCUGAUGGUAUCUCAAAGGCUAGAGAUCUUUUUGAACGUGCUCUUACAGCAGCUGGUUUGCAUGUUGCUGAAGGAAAUAAAAUAUGGGAAGCAUACAGGGAAUUUGAGCAAGCUAUAUUUCAUACCAUCGAUGAAACUGACGUUCAGGCCAAAGAAAAGCAAAUUCAACGCAUCCGAAGUAUAUUCCACCGUCAGUUGUCUAUACCCCUUGUUAAUAUGAGCUCAACACUUCUUGCUUAUAAGCGUUGGGAGGUGAAACAAGGAAACACUCUUGAUACUGAAUCAAGUAAUUUGGAUGGGAUAUCUUCUCAUGUUGCCUCAGCAUACAAAAAGGCCUUGGAGAUGUAUAAUGCCCGCGUUCAUUUUGAAGAACAAAUAUCUGGGCAGGAUGUAUCUGACUCAGAACGACUUCAACAGUUCAUUAACUACUUGAAAUUUGAACGGUCUUCUGGAGAUCCAGCACGGGUUCAAGUUCUGUAUGAACGUGCUAUUGCAGACUUCCCAAUUUCAAGUGAUCUCUGGCUUGAUUAUACUCAUUAUCUGGACAAGACGUUGAAGGUAGGUAGCAUUGUAAACAAUGUGUACUCUAGGGCCAUAAAGAAUUGCCCAUGGAUUGGAGAACUUUGGGUUCGAUAUUUGCUCUCCUUGGAACGGGGUCAUGUCUCUGAGAAAGAAAUUUCAUCUGUAUUUGAGAAGUCCUUGCAAUGCACUUUUUCAACCAUUGAUGAGUAUUUGGAUUUAUUCCUCACUCGAAUAGAUGGUUUAAGGCGAAGAAUCUCAUUCACUGGUGAAAAAGAGGAUGUCUUGGAUUAUUCAUUACUCAGGAAAACAUUUCAGCAUGCAUCAGAGUAUCUCUCACCGUACUUGAAGAACACGGAUGGUUUGUUACGUUUGCAUGCUUAUUGGGCUCGUUUAGAGAUAAAGCUGGGUAAAGAUUUAGUUGCAGCUCGUGGAGUAUGGGAGAGUUUGCUUAAGAUCUGUGGUUCGAUGUUGGAAGCCUGGCGAGGUUAUAUAACAAUGGAAACCGAGUUGGGCCAUAUAAAUGAAGCUCGAUCCAUAUAUAGGAGGUGCUACAGUAAGAGAUUUCCUGCGACUGGUUCAGAGGACAUCUGCCAUUCAUGGUUACGCUUCGAGAGGGAGUUCGGCACUCUAGUGGAUUUGGAUCAUGCAGUACAGAAGGUUACCCCCCGGCUGGAAGAGCUACAAUUAUUUAGAUCACAACAGGAAUCCAAACUGAUAGAUGAGAAGGAAAACAAUUUUAAAAAUGCUCGUGAGAAGAGAAAGUCUGUCUCAGACAUAACAGAUGGGCAAUCUCCAGCAAAGAGGCAGAAAGAUGCAACUCAAAACCAAAAGCAAGUGCAUGGGAAGGACAAAGCUCAGGUGCAGAAUUUAACAGAAAAAGGUAAAAUGGUAGAAAGAACACAAGUAGACAAACCAGAUAUCAAAAAUGAUAUACAGAAGGAGGCUGUCCCCGAGAAAGCAAAAGUAUACACUGACCAGUGUACUGCAUUUAUAUCAAAUCUUAACUUUAAGGCUACUUCUGAAAAUCUGCGCGAAUUCUUUAGUGAUGUUGGUGGAGUUGUUUCUAUCCGAAUACUGCAUGAUAGAUUCACUGGAAAAUCAAGAGGACUUGCAUACGUGGAUUUCACGGAUGAUGCACACCUUGCAGCAGCUGUAGCAAAAAACAAGGAGAUGCUACUUGGGAAGAAACUGAGCAUUGCACGGUCAGUUCCAAAGCAUGGCAGAAGAGAAAACAUUGGUCAUAAUGUUGAGAACAAGCAUGAAUCUGUUGAAGGCUCUAUGGAGUCCAGGGAGCCUCAGGCACCGCAAUCUGCUGCUGGAAAGCGUAGAGUUGACGACUUCCAGAUGAAAGGGAAAAACACAUUUGCUGUUCCCAGAAAUGUCAGAGCACUUGGCAUGACUUCAAGUAAACCCACAACUGAGAAGCCAGACGAUGAAAAUCCAAAAUCCAAUGAUGAGUUCAGAAAAAUGUUCCUAAAAGGUUAAAGUUUAUUUCAUUUUCUCAGAUUUUUAACUCCAGUUUUCCUUUGUUGCAUGCUUUUUUGUAAAUUCAAAUAUGGCUGAGGCUUGUUUAAGUUACCACCAUCACAAUGAUAUAGAUUAGAGACAGAUAGGCCGGGAAGCCUUCUCUUUUUUCAGAUGUAGCUGUGGUUGAAUUUGAUCUAUAUAAAAAUUGUGUGCUACAGACAGGGCCGGUUAGAAGGCAAGGCUACAAAAAAUCUUACUUUAUAUAUUUAUUGUGUAUUUAUAUUUUA